AUGUUAAGCUUCAAAAAUUUCAAUAAUAGGAACAAAAAACUUCAACAAUUCAACAACUUCAAAGAACAACUUCAAGUGGGAUUAUUCGUACCGGAAAAAGCGAAUGAAGCCCUACGCUUUAUAAAAAUGAUUUGUUAUUUUAGUGAUAUUGUGGCUGAUAUCUUUUGCGAUUUGGGUGGAAAUGAUUGUUGGAGUUCGGACCCAUCCCCCAAUUCUUUCUCUUUCUCCAAUUUCAUCUCUUCUCUCGUCGCGUUUAUUCCCUGCUAUUUAUUGAAUAAGUUAAUUAGGGAUGUAAUGCUUCUACGGAGAUUCGUCUUCAAUUUGGGUGAAUGGUUUGAUGAAGGAAAUGCAGGGAAUGCUCGAAGAUAA